GUGCCUGAGAUUAUAAGCUCUAUUCGACAAGCUGGAAAAAUUGCUCGUCAAGAAGAGUUUCAAAAUAAUCUCUCAGAUGUUGAAGACCCUUUCGCCAAAAAGUUCGAGGUGCUGUUCUGUGGACGGGUGACAGUAGCACAUAAAAAUGCACCUCCAGCACUCAUAGAUGAAUGCAUUGAAAAAUUUAAUCAUGCAAGUUGUACAAAGAAGUCAGAUUUCAGCUCAUCAUCCCAGCAACAUGAAACUGCCAAUAGCUUCGGAGGCUUCUCUUUCAGCAACAAAUUUCGGUCUGUCUUUCAGCCCUUGGUCAGUGAAGAGGAGGAGAAAAGGCCAAUUAGGAAAUCCUUUUCUCAGCCUGGGCUUCGUUCCUUUGCUUUUAAGAAGGAAUUGCAAGAGGGAAGCAAUAGGAGUAACAGCUUUGUCAGGUCUUUUGAGGAAGAUGCAAUUUCACUGAACCUAAAGAGUCAACUUAUCCAUGGACACAGUGUUGUGCAGCCAACAGACAUUGCAGAAAACCGGACAAUGUUGUUUACGAUUGGACAGUCUGAAGUUUACCUUAUCAGUCCUGACACAAAAAAAGUAGCAAUUGAAAAAAGCUUUAAGGAAAUAUCCUUUUGUUCUCAGGGAAUUAGACAUGUGGAUCACUUUGGGUUCAUCUGCAGAGAGUCUUCAGAAAAUGGAGGCUUCCACUUUGUUUGCUAUGUGUUUCAGUGUACAGAUGAAGCACUGGUUGAUGAAAUCAUGAUGACAUUGAAACAGGCUUUCACCGUAGCUGCUGUGCAACAAACUUCCAAAGCACAGCCUCAGCUCUGUGAAGGAUGUCCUAUGCAAAGCUUGCAUAAACUCUGUGAGAAGAUAGAAGGGUUACACCCUUCUAAGACUAAACUAGAGCUACAAAAGCAUCUAACAACACUAAAUAGCCAGGAGCAGGCCUCUGUUUUUGAAGAGGUUAAGAAAUUAAGACCAAGAAAUGAUCAGAAAGAGAAUGAGUUGGUUAUCUCCGUUUUGAGAAACAUGUAUGAAGAAAAACAGAGGGACCAUGUUCAUGUUGGAGAUGCAAAACAGGUAAGUAAUCAUUCAGUUUUAAAUGCUGUAAAUGAGGUGCCCAGCAGUGCUCCAAGAUUCAGAUUAGAUAUGUUAAAGAACAAAGCAAAAAGAUCUCUGACAGAAUCGUUUGAAAGUAUUUUAUCACGUGGCAGUAAAGCCAGAGGUCCGCUGGACAGUUCGGGUGCUGUGGAUUUGGACAGCUCCAUGUCUAGUACGUUAAGCAGCACAAGUAAAGAACCACCGUUGUGUGAAAAGGAGAAAGACAGACUUCCUACACUUCCUACAGAAAAUGUUGUCAAGACUAGUGGAUCAGUGGGUGAUGUCUCCAGCAAUGCAGAUGGUUCUUCUAUUGAGCAGUCUGUUACAUUACCUCAGCAAAGCUUUCGGAGGCGAGCAAACACCCUGAGUCAUUUGCCAACAGAAAGCCAGGAAUCUCUGCUACCUGUUGAAGCAUCGCCAUCUGUUCCCCAGAGGAAACUUAUGAGGUAUCACUCAGUGAGCACAGAGACUCCUCACAAAAGAAAUUCUUCCGGUCAACUUGCACGUUCUCCUACUCUAGCUCGUCUUAAUCCCUCGGCCUCUUCACCCAACUUUUUAAAAUAUCUAAGGCAUAAUCCAAGUGGAGAACAAAGUGGGCAUUUUGCACAAAAGAGCAUCUCCUACCGUACUGCCUUAAGGAAAAAGCUUCAUUCUUCCUCUUCUGUGCCAAAUUUCUUAAAAUUUCUGGCUCCUGUAGAUGAAAAUAACACCUCUGAAUUUAGGAACACAACAAGCAACUACGAAUCCAAACACAGCCAGGAGGCCAUUGGUGCGGACAGCCCUGUAAGGACUCGACGGCAUUCAUGGAGGCAACAGAUAUUCCUGCGAGUGGCAACUCCUCAGAAAGCAUGUGAUUCUCCCAGCCGAUAUGAUGAUUACUCAGAAUUGGGAGAACUUCCACCCAGAUCCCCCUUGGAACCAGUGUGUGAAGACGGCCCCUUUGGGCCAGUGAAAGAAGAAAGGAAACGGACACCCCGUGAGCUUCGCGAGUUGUGGAAGAAAGCCAUUAUUCAGCAGAUACUGCUCCUCAGAAUGGAAAAAGAAAACCAGAAGUUACAAGCUUCAGAAAACAAUUUGCAGAACAGACGUCUGAAACUUGACUAUGAAGAAAUUACACCAUGCUUAAAAGAUGUAACUUUGAUUUGGGAAAAAAUGUUGGGUACACCUGGAAGGUCAAAGGUUAAAUUUGAUGUGGAAAAAAUACACUCUGCUGUUGGGCAAG